AUGGUCUUUGGUACUAAUUCCACCAGCAUGCCAUCAACUCGAACCCUAACCACCACCCCUGGUCCCUCCUCCCCAAUGGACGACGAAGACGUCGUAGAAGUGGUCGACACCGCCGCCUCCACUUCAUCCUCCUCAUCAUCCCCUCCAUCCACCCGCCUCAUGGCCGUCGGGAAAUGCAAAGCGGAACUCAAAUCCGGCAAUAUAGGCCUAGAUUGUCCCUGCAACAGGGGAAUCUUCUCUCUAACCCAUACCAACGAUAUCAGCGAUAAAUGCAUCGACUGCGAGCACUCCGUCGCAGAUCACGAGGGCAUUGAUAUCGAUAUCCAACGAAAAGAAGACACCCGGCACACAACCCUCACCAAACUCACCAACCUAAUGGACCACUACCCCCUCCUCUACGUGCGCGGCAUCCCCGACAGCGGCAAAGGAACCGUGAACCAAUUCCGGCGCGAGAACAUCAUGCUCAUGACGCGGGAGCAAGAAGCGAAUAGCUUCUUUCUUCCUGUGGAUAAGCCGCUGGAGGAGUUCGACUCGGAGGAUGAUCGUCUCCUCACGCAGAUUCUUGGCUCGUUUAAUCGCCUGUGUAAUGAUCCGCAGAUCUUCUUCCUGGUGAUUUACUUUUUGACCCUGUCGGCCUGGUUAAGUGAUCGGUUUAUUAAGCAGGUGGUUUUGCCCUAUUUGCCUGCGCCGGGGGCCGGGAUGAGAGGGUUGAGAUAG